AUGGCGAAAUUCAUACUCCCCGCCCUCGCGGUGACAAUCGGCCUCCUCCAAGUCGCCGUCCCCAACCUCUCACGCACCUACACCCUCGUCGGCGGGCGCCGCAACAACGCCCACUACCUCUCCCCCUCCUACGCCUCCCUCCUCGACCCCCUCUGCAUGCUACAACAUACCGACAAGUUCCACGGCUGCGAGUCCAUGCAGCUCGUCGAGCUGUCCCCCACCCGCACCGUCAUCUUCACCAGCUGCCUCACCUCCUAUGCCAACCGCCCACGCGUGCUAUCGCAGUCGCGGGAAGCCGACGCCGCAGAGGGGAAGAGCCGGUCGGGCGAUAAGAUCUUCCGCUGGGACCUGGACACGGAUGAAGGCUUCCAUGGCAUGGAUGUGAACUAUGGGCUGGAGGGCGGGCGCAUGAGCCUGUAUGUGGUGAACCACCGGUUCAAUGGCACGGUGGUCGAGAAGUUUAUGCACGACCCGGCGACGGACGUGCUAGAGCACGUGGCGAGCAUCCCGACGGCCGAGGGUGAUCUGAAGCAUCCGAAUGAUAUCUAUGCGAUCAAGCAUCUGGACGACAUCAAUGCGUUUUACAUCACCGACGAGAACCGGUAUAGCACGGGGCUGAUGCGCUUCAUUGGCGACUACACGCGCAGACCGUGGGGCAGCGCGCACUACUAUUCUGCCGAGACGGGGUGGAAGCUCGUCAUGACGGGCCUCGGCGGCGGGAACGGCAUCACGGGCGACAACAAGGUGGGCGGCAGGGUGUACAUCUCACCGCAUCUGAGCGGCGAGAUUGUGGUCACGGAUCAGGACGCCUCGCAGCCCGGUGUGCUGAAGGAGCUACAGCGGAUCCCGCUCAACUUUAUGGGCGACAAUCCGACGCUGAGCUCGUCGGGCGAGGAUAUCAUCAUUGCGGGAUACACGGACCCGCGCAAGAUGUAUGGGCAUGUUGCUGAUCGCAGUGCCCCGGCGCCCGGAUCCAUCGUGGGGAGGAUCAGCACGAAGCAGCUGGGAAGCGCAUUCUUCGGAGAGAAGGGCGGGUACACGAGUACGCCCGUCGUGGACGAGAUGUUUGUGGACAUCCAGGGAAGGUGGAUCAAUGCCAGCUCGACGGCGAUCCUGAGGGAGAAGAAGAUCCAGCCCUUGGAUGAGGAGGCGGAGAUUGAAGAGGACGAUGAGGUGGCGAGAGGGGCGAGCGAGCUGGGAGACCUGUAUAUUACCGGGUUGACCACGAGUGGGAUCUUGAAAUGCAAAGGCAUUCCCUCUUCCUAA